AGUAGUAACUUGACCACAUCUCCUCGCGCUCCUCGAAUUCCCACUCGCAAGGCAAAUCCAAGUUUUUCCUUUCCCCAAAACAAACGGAAACAAAACCCUAAUUAACAUCUUUAACUAUUUGAACUUUUUAUAAUCACCAAGCCCUAAACGACAAAAAAACCCUAAAAACAGAACAAGCCGAAGCCGCCGGCGCGACAUGAUGAUACAGAAGAUCCACCGCGGCAGAGGGAGGCCGCGGAAGAAUCCCCUGCCCGCCGCCCUCGGCAUCAACGUCACAAUCAGCAAAAAGCCUCGAUCCUCCAAAUUCGACGCGAUUUCCGCCGCUCCGAAAAUCAAUCCUCCGCCGCCGCCGCAGUGGCGCAACAAGAGGCCUAGGUCCCUUGCCGUCUCCCUCGACGGAGGAAGAACGGCGCCUCCUUCUUCUUCUGCUUCGCUCCCCGGAUCCGCCCGGCCGCCCGGCGAUCGGGUCGACUACGACGACGACGACGUUUUGGGGUCCCAGUGCCUGGCGGACUUUGAUAUUCCGGGGCCGAUUCCAGAUCUGAUCGAUUUGAUGAGCGACAUGAGAAUCUUUCAGGAUUUCUUUAAGGAUAUGGAGGAUCUUGAAUUCGGUUAAGGUUCUUGAUCGUUGGCUAGCUAAGCUAGCUGCUCUGUGUGUAUAUGUUUUAAUUAAGGUUUUGAAUUUUU